AUGAUCACAACUGUAGCUGCAGUUAUUUCGGCUGCGACUAUUGCAGUUGCUGCGGCCGCCUGUCGUAGCUGCGUCAUAGGCAUUGAAAACAGCUGCUGCGGCUACUCACUUACCAACCCCAAGUUCUGGAUGCACAGUGGCUACAAUGACAAUCCUCUCUCACCCAAUGUGGACCCACGCUCAAUGAGGUUGUGUUCCUUCUCCAAGUUUGCAAUGGAAGCCAGAGGGGCUGCGGGUGUGUUGACAUAUGACCUACAGAAAAAUAGCGCUGAUGGACUGAACUAUUACUCCAGCAAUAAACUGAUAGCUGUCAUGUUCUCUGUGCCUUUUGACUACAAUUUUUAUGAGAACUGGCUGGCAGUGGGCAUUUUUGACCAAACUCAGACAUGUGAUGAGGAACUCUUCAAUCUCAUGUACUAUGGCAGCGGCACCAAUUUCAAACGUGGAAGGGCUAAAGACGGUGAAAUAAAGCUCAAAAUAGAUUCAGUGGAGAUCAAGGCUGCUAUGAGUAAUGAAUAUAUGGCUAUUCUUAGGGUGGAAGUCUCUGAUAACUGCAAAGUCCAGAAUGAGAGAGGUUAA